UGUCAACCGGAAGAAUUGUUGUUUGUUCCAUUACACUCCGUUUUGUUUGGACUUUAUUCGAGGGGACGUUAUGGGGCAGAUGAAGAUGCUUGCAUUAAAUCGUAGUAUCAGAAGAAUACCUACGGACCCGAUUAUGAACUGAAUAUGGGAAGAGAUAUCGCUAAUCGCUUGGACGGAUGUAUAUUAAGAAGCUAAAUGCACAAAUAUUCAGACUCCGAUCAAUCCUUUUUGUUCUUCAAUAAUCAUGUCGUCCAUAAAACUGCAGGCUGCAGAGUACUCUGCUACCGAGCACCUAGGCACGGCCCUUAGCCAACAAGAUCACCACCACCACCACCACUUCAGCCACCAGGACCACCACCAUUACCACCACCAUGAAUCCCCCCGCCGUGAAACCCAUCCGCCGCCGAAGCAAACUUACCGGGUCUACUGCAAAGCCGACCCCUGUUUCGCCCUCGCCGUCCGCGACGGCACUGUGAUCCUAACCCCCCACGACCCGACCGACCCGCGCCAGCACUGGGUCAAGCACGACUCGGUCAGCGCCCUGGUGAAGGACGAGGAGGGGCUCCCCAGCUUCCUCCUGGUCAGCAAAGCCACCGGCCAGGCGAUCCAGCACGCCGUCGGCGGCCGUCAGGCGGUCAGACUGGCGCCGUACGGUGGGGACGGUGGGGUUCUUGACGGGUCGUUGCUGUGGACUGCGGGGCCCAUCAAUGGGGAUGAGGAGUAUAAGGACAUACGGAUGCAGAAUAAUAUCCGGCUGAAAAUGGACGCUUUUAAGGGUAUUCCUGAGUUCGGCGGCGUCUCUGACUGGACCGUCGUUGGACUCUGGGAGUGGAAUGAGGGGGAUAAUCAACGCUGGGCCAUCGUCCCAUACUGAUCCUUACUGGGAAUUUUCUUUUACUGGGUAAUAAUUUCUGAUGAUGAAUGCUUUUUCAUCUUUUUAAUUUGCCGUAUGUAAUAAGGGAAUUUCUAAUAAGGUAGAAGAACCCAUGUAAUAAUACCUGAUUACCUUCUAUGUUCAAUUCGGAACUUUUAAUAUUCAACGUUUUGUUAUUGUCGAUCCUCAAAACUAUAAUGUUAUCAUAUUGAAAUGUGAGAUCCAUGUUUUUUUAUGAAAAUGUCA